GACCUGCGUGCGAUGCUAGUUACAUCACGCAGCCGGUUCAUUACUUCCUUCAUACAGUACAUGAGAUCUGAGGGACUAAACACUCCUAAAACCUCUCUCUAUAAUAUUUUUUUCUACAGGCGACUCAAAUAACAGCACCCUCCUCCAUCAGUCAAGAUGUCUGCUUACGAAGAGAAUGAGUCCAAGUUCCUGCGAAAAGCAAAGGAGAAUCCAUUUGUCCCAGUGGGAAUGGCUGGAUUCUUUGCCAUCGUUGGGUACAAGCUGAUGAGAAUGAAACAUCGAGGAGACACAAAAAUGUCAGUUCACCUGAUCCACAUGCGUGUUGCUGCCCAAGGCUUCGUGGUCGGAGCCAUGACCGUUGGGGUCCUGUAUUCAAUGUACAGAGAGUACAUUGUAAAACCCAGAGAAGAACAGAAAGCAGCACAACAGAAGUGAACAUGGACUCUUACACUGACAUUUUAUGUCCCUUAAUAUUACCUCAUAUUAAGGUGUGUGGAAAGUUUAUUUUUUCAGAUGCGUCAUCAUUUUUGAUUGUGCACAUCCCUUAAGCAGCUCACCUACACUGUAAAUAGGUUUAACUUAUUGGUCACACUUCAUAUCCUCUAAGUAGUAUACCAGAGGGUCAAGCUAUCACUUCCCUGUUGAGAAAGAGGUUCACUGAUCUCAGCUGAUUAAACACUGGUCACUCUGUGUCUGCGGUUGUAAACCCAGCUGGUUUGAUAUCAGUGUGGACAGGUGACAUGACAGGUAGUUGUGUUGCCUCUUGUUUAAAAGGUUUCGAUCAGUGAACAUAAAAAUAAUUUGACAAAGAUUUAAAAAUUACCACCAAUGGCAGGUAGACUGAUGUUUUAUUUUCCUUGUGUUUAUUUUAUUGUCUCACACCAGGCAUAUUAUUUGAUGUACCAAUGUAAGGAUUUUUGCCAAAUAAAAAAUGAUUGCACCUUUGCUGACCUUUAUAAAAAAGGGCAUUAGGUAUUGUUAUGGAGGCCUUUGUCAUCAUGUGGUCUACAGACAAGGCGUGUGAGCUUACACAUUGUUUUAACAAGGACACAAUUUGGUUUGAGACUCACCACGGUAUCAGAUUAUAACGCAAAAAACACAUUUAUAAAGUCAUCACAUCUUAAAUGGAAACAAAACCAUAAAGGUCUCUUGCAGAAAUAAGUUCUUAUUCUUUUUAAAUAUUGAUUGUAAAGGCCAAGCCUCUCUUUCCUUAUAUUCUUAUCAUUAUGUUGUGAUACACACGGGUCCAAUGUUUCAUUACAGAAACUUCACAAAUCUUCCAGAGACAUAUGAGCUAAACUGACUGAGGUAAACCUACAGACUGUGCAGCAAAAUAUCAUGUAGCCUACCUUGUGAUAUGCUAACAUAGAUGCCUACUUAAGUUAUUCACUGAGUUUUGAAUCUUGUGUGCAAAUACAGAACAUGUACUGUUGAAAGUUUCUUUGAUUUUUUUUUUUUUUGUGAAAAUAAAAAUUGCCACUCUCGCAA